GGGAAAAAAAAAGCCUUCUGCAUACAUCAUAAUCAUCCUCUCUCAUCACCGACACAGAUACACACCAUAAUCAUGCCUGUCUCCUCUGCCACGAACUGGGCCGAUGAGGUCGAUGGCGAAGAAAUGCCUCAGACCUUCACUGAUGCCAAUGGUAUCACCACUACGAUUGAAUAUAAGACUAACGAGGAUGGCAAGAAAGUCAAGAUUACUCGCCGCACUCAGAAGAAGUUGAUUCAUGAUGUCGUCAACAAGGCUGUUGCUACUCGCAAGAAAUGGCCUAAAUUCGGCAAGGAAAAAGGAAACCGCCCUGGUCCUGAUCCAGCAACGACGAAUGUCGGUGAUAACAUCAAGUUGAAACUCUCUUCGACCGGACAGAUUGUUCAGGAUGUGGAUGAGAAGCACGAGGCCAUGAAACAGCAGCUCCAGAACAAGAAGAUUCUCUGCCGUAUCUGCAAGGGCGACCAUUUCACUACAAAGUGUCCAUACAAGGAUUCGCUCGGUAUGGAGGAUACUGCUGCUGUCAGUACUCCUCCUCCCGCCGAAGAACCUGCUCCCGAAGAGCAGCAGACCGGUGGCAAGUACAUUGCCCCCCACAUGCGUGCUGGAGCAAGUGGUUCCAAGGAUCGCGAGACGAUCCGCGAAAAGCGCGACGAGCAGCCCACGCUCCGUGUCACCAAUUUGUCAGAGGAUGCGACCGAGGCCGAUGUGUCAGAAUUAUUCAAGCGCUUUGGUCACAUCUCCCGCGUCUUCUUGGCACGUGAUCGCGAGACCAAUGUUUGCAAGGGCUUCGCUUUUGUUUCUUUCACAAUGCGUGAGGAUGCUCAACGUGCAUUGGAGGCUAUUGACGGACGUGGUUAUGAUAAUUUGAUUCUUCGUGUGGAAUGGGCCAAGUCGUCUGCGUAAAUAUCGUGUCUUUUUUGUAAUAAAAUUCCGUGUGUCAUCUCAUUUCUUCAAAAAUUCUAAUUGUUGCCAACGAACAGUAACCGGACACAUAUACUUUUUGUAUCCUUGA